AUGGUUUUAAGUUCGUCCAAGGAGAUACCUUCUCAAAGCAACAUUAAUGGGAUAUUUGUCGAUGGUAAUAAAUUAUCUAUCAAAUAUGGGGAUGGGAUAAUUAUUAAUGGUGAUGGUAUACGAGUAAUUAGUGUAACUCAUGAACAUGACACUUAUGGUUGGUUUGUAGAUUGUGAUGAGAAUGAUAAGUAUACUUUGAGUUACAAUUUGGACUUGCAGAAGUAUGUCAUAAGUGAAAACGUUGAAAAUGAUUAUUCGGAGUCUAAUCACAUAGACACCGGACUUUUAAAUGAUGAUAUCACCAUUAAUGAUAUAAGCUCCCUAUUGAACAAGAAGAAUUCAAACAUCAUACCCAUCAACUCCGAUGUAAAUCUCACUAUAGAAGAUUCAACUGUGGAAGGAGAGGUUGAAGAAGAACAAUUUCAAUUAAUUAUUACUCAAUUACAAUUAUCAUUCAUAUUUCUUCAUCAAUUCAAAUAUUCUCAAUUCGAAUCUAUUUGGUUGCAAGUACUAUCACAAUUAGGUGAUAUCGAAAUAUACCAGUACAUGGUUCAUAGAAAUUAUACCCUCAAGAUCUUAGAUAGUUUGAUUUUACAAAUUAAAUCAGGUGAGAAGUUUCUGGAAUCGGUCAUGAAUAUAUUAGAUUCAAAAUUUACUAGAGAAAGUUGGAGUAGACAACCUAGUUGUUGUGGAAGGAUGAAAUUGAAUGGAUUGAUAUUUGAGAAAUAUCAAACUUUUAAAUCAUUUAUUAAAUGA